CGCGUUGCGUCAGGCUCACCAGUCAUUUGGCACCUAAAGCCCGGUUCUCCUCUCGUUUGAGCACAUCACAAUUUGUCGUCUAUGAAAAUGUUGCGACCAAAAUGCUUACAGACACCUUGUAAGCGGGCCUCACUGGCUGGAAAGAACAACCGGCUAGCCAUCCGCGAAGGCAUCCGCCAGCGCUCUGUCGCAGCUGCGCCCUCGCCCGCGCAGCACCCCGCGCGCCUGCGAUCGCGCUGCGCAGCGGCGCCCACGCCCGGCAACCAGGCGUCCCUACCCGCGCCAGGGCCCUCUCUCACCGAGCGCAUCUUUGCGGAGGUGGAUGCGCUAAUGGCAGCCGAGAACGCGCAGGCUGCGGGCGCGGGCGGCCGCACGACCUACGCCGCCUUCAAGGCUGCGGACGAGCAGUGGCUCAAGUUACGGACCCAGCCGGAGGGAGAGGCUGCUGGCCCCGCGCCAACGUUCGUCACAGAGUCUGCCCAGCCGCUGCCGGCGGCGCCCCAGUACGACGUCGUUGUGUGCGGCGGCACCCUGGGCAUCUUCGCCGCCGCAGCGCUGGCUGCCCGCGGCCUCCGGGUGGCGGUGGUGGAGCGGGGGCCGCUGCGAGGCCGCGCGCAGGAGUGGAACAUCAGCCGCAAGGAGCUGUACGAGUUGGAGCAUGUGGGUGUGGCCAGCCGGGAGGAGCUGGAGGCGUGCGUGGCGAUCGAGUUCAACCCCGUGCGCAUCGGCUUUGCCUGGGACCUGUCACCCGCGACCUUCUCCGCCGCCUCCUCCGCCUCCACCUCCUCCCGACUGACGGAGGUGUGGACGCGCGACGUGCUCAACCUGGGUGUGCGGCCGGACGCUCUGGUGCAGCUGAUGCGCGCCAAGCUGGAGGCGGCGGGCGGCGCCGUCAUCGAGCAGGCGGCGCUCGCGGGCAUCUCGGUGCACCCCAAUGGCUGCAGUCUGGACGUGAAGACCGACAGCGGUGCUGGUGCUGGUGCCGCGGCCGCGCGGCUGACGGCGCGGCUGGUGGUGGACUGCAUGGGGCACUUCAGCCCCAUCGUACGCCAGGUGCGGUGGGGCACCAAGCCCGACGGCGUGUGCCUGGUGGUGGGCACGUGCGGCAGCGGCUUCGCCCCCGGCAACAACACCACUGCCGACGUCAUCCUCACCAACACGCCGCUGCAGCCGGCUGAGGCGGCAUUCAACAGGGCUCAGUACUUCUGGGAGGCCUUCCCCGCCGCCUCCGGCCCCAGCGACCGCACCACCUACAUGUUCACCUACAUCGACGCCGCGCCCUACCGCAAGCCCCUGGCAGCCAUGAUGGACGACUACUGGAGGCUCAUGCCACAGUACCAGGGUGUGCGGCUGGAGGACAUCACCUUCAAGCGAGUGCUGUUCGGCUUCUUCCCCACCUUCAAGGACACGCCCCUCCGACCCGCCUUUGACCGCAUUAUCCAGAUCGGCGACGCGAGCGGGCUGCAGUCGCCGCUCAGCUUCGGCGGCUUCGGCGCGCUCACCCGCCACCUGGCCCGCCUCACCAACGCGCUCACCGAGGCGGCGGAGGCGGACGCGCUGGACCGCAACUCGUUGGGCCUCAUCCACGCCUACAACCCCGGCCUGUCCUCCAGCUGGAUGAUGCAGAAAGCCAUGUCUGUGCGCGAGGGCGACAAGCCGCCGCCGGAGCUGAUCAACCGCAUGCUGGCGGGCAACUUCCGGGCCAUGGAGAAGCUGGGUGAAGCCACCAUGAAGCCCUUCCUGCAGGACGUGAUCCAGUUCCAGCCCAUGCUGGCCACCAUGGGCGCCCAGAUCCUGACGGAUCCGCUGUCCGUGCCCUCCCUCAUGGCGCACGUGGGCCCCGGGCCUCUGGCCGAGUGGCUGGGGCACAUGGCCAAUCUGGGGGCCUACACCGCCCUGCACGGCGCGGCGGGGGCAGCCGGGCUGCGGGCGGCGUUGGCGCCUGGCGGCGCGGCGGCGGGCCUGCCGGCCCGCGCGCGCUUCGCGCUUGGGCGGCUGUUGGACGCGUGGGAGUACGGGAGCGGGAAGGACUACAAGCUGUGAGGGAAGGGUUGAGGAGGGUUAGGAGUGAGGGCUUGGAGUCAGGGUUUGGAGUGCGGGUUUGGAGAGGCAGAGGGGGCACUGUCGGGGUGGUGUCACAAGUGAUGACGGCUUGUUGAAUUGUGGCAGGAGGGACGCGUGAGCGGCAGUGCAUUUGAGUGAGAGAGGGCACGAGCCGUGUUCGAGCCGGUGCGAGGGAGUGAUUAAUGAGAGCGAGCAUGUUGCAUCGACGCAUGACUAACUAUCAUACGGCAAGUGAUAGUGCAAGACUUCCCCGUCGCCGGUGGUCUAAUCGGCACUCAACUCGAUGGAAGGACUUGUGGUUGAGCUACUCAGAAUGUGGGCGAAGGCCUGGUGUAAGUGGUGUUAGAUUAUCGGGUGUGAAUAGGGGCGGAAUGUGUGAGCAAGGCAUCGGGCUGAUAGAAGGGGCGGAGAGGGGGCGCGUUGGCCAGGGCCUGCCAGGGUUGGCGUGGCGCCGUGGCUGCACUCGGGGCCACGGCGUUCACCCGUCGGCAUGGUUGCUCGCCCGCUUGUAACUUAUAGAAUCU